UGCCUAAAUCCGCCCGUAAAGAAGAUGCCUCGGUAUUCAUCCUUCCCCACCCCUCCCCUUUCUCCUGCGGGCGGUGGGGAGGGGGUAGUGGGAGUGCUUGCCUGACUUCUCUGCGGACCCUCGGAGAUGAGGGCCGGGGCGUUGAGAGGGAGCGAGGAAAAGAGGAAGAGGUUUUCUCCAAGAUCGCGAUGAUCCAAGCAAUACAAGUACUAAGGUUUCACCUUUUGGAAUUAGAAAAGGUUCAUGAAUUGUGCGAUAACUUCUGCCAUCGGUACAUUAGUUGUUUGAAAGGAAAAAUGCCAAUAGACCUCGUUAUUGAUGAAAGGGAUGGCAGUUCCAAAUCAGACCACGAAGAACUCUCAGGAUCUUCCACAAAUUUAGCCGAUCAUAAUCCUUCAUCUUGGAGAGACCACGAUGAUGCAACCUCAACGCACUCGGCAGGCACACCGGGGCCCUCCAGUGGGGGCCAUGCUUCCCAGAGUGGAGACAACAGCAGCGAGCAAGGAGAUGGUUUAGACAACAGUGUAGCCUCACCUGGUACAGGGGAUGACGAUGACCCAGACAAGGACAAAAAGCGUCAGAAGAAAAGAGGCAUUUUCCCCAAAGUAGCAACAAAUAUCAUGAGAGCGUGGCUUUUCCAGCAUCUCACACAUCCAUAUCCUUCAGAGGAGCAGAAGAAACAGUUAGCCCAAGACACAGGACUUACAAUUCUACAAGUAAACAACUGGUAA